AUGGACACUGUCUCUCCUAAAAAGACGUGGAAGACUUUCGAGCGAUGCGUGACCAUCUAUGACGAUAAAGUCGUUAAAAGGGAGCUUUAUGAGGAAGAGCUCAUACGUCGCCCAGACGGCCGCGUCCUCCGACCCUUCUGGGCCAAGGAGAGAUUGCAAAACGAGGCUGCGACCCUUCAGUUUAUAUCUGAUAACACUUCUAUUCCGGUACCCAAGUGUCGACUCUACUCCAAGGACAACAUACUUCACCUUGAAACGCAAUUAAUCGAGGGAGUGUUACUCAAAGAUAUCGAGGAGGCGUCUCGACCAACCGCAAUAGCAACUGUACAUGAUCAGUUAACCCGUACCAUUAUACCGCAGCUUCAGGCGCUGCGUCGAAAUUAUAUUGGGAGCGUUGACUCUACCCUCCCGGUAUUCCCGCCGCAGCGGGUGUAUAUGCGUGAUAGACGACCAUGGGAGAGAGUAACGUCGGAUACUGAUUGCUUUGUAUUAUGCCACAAUGAUCCUGGCCCUCAAAAUAUAUUUAUUUGUCCGUCUAGUUUCCAGAUUACCGGGAUUAUAGACUGGGAGUUUUCGGGGUAUUUCCCUUCGUAUUUUGAGAUUCCUCUGUGGAAGACAUUGAACUGGACGGAGAAAGAGGAAGUUUAUGCCGAGGCAGAGUCUCGUGAAUUUGAGUUCUUUGGACUCAAGCGCGAGGAUUUAAAAGACUGCAUCCCACCUCCUUGA